AUGUUGUUCAGUGGGUUUUAUUCUGGGUUGAAGUAUGUGUUUUCUCCUCCUAUGGAAGAGGAUUCAAUUUGCACCCAUUCUUCCUCCUCAACAUUCUUCCUGAGCCAGCUAACACCAUGUGAAGAGUCACAGAGACUGGCCACGAUUAUAGGCAUCGAAUCGCUUCCGACUAGAUCGGAUGCAACUAGAAUCCUGCUCCUGCUAGAAGAAGUGCUUGAAAGAUACAUUGACAUCCUCACUGAUGAUAAAUGUGAUCCACUGGAAUUGCCAGAUCUUUAUACAGAACCUGAUGAGUUGAGCGACUUCUUGAAUAGUACCACCAACCCCUUGCGAAUUUCAAGAGCUAUUAGGAUAUUUGAAGAGUCGAUAAGAAACAUGGUAGUAGCAAAGGAAAGAGAGCCUUCAAUGAGGAGGAAGAAGAAGAUUCGUAGAAACUAG